AUGGCAAGUUAUGAGGAAGAUCAUUCAGAUGGAAUUUUCUGCACAGACCGGCAUUCUGAUUGCGUCAAGUUUGAAACCCUGUCUGAGAAAGCAUUGCUUCCACUACGUCCAAAAAAGCUCACGGAUAUUCAAGGGAAACAGAAAUGUUUUAUGCUUGCCCUCAGUGUUCUCUAUCUGCUUGUGUUUGCCAUUGUCUUCGUAAUCAUCAAACUAGCAGUUCACGUAUCCGAGAUGGAAAAGAACCUGAAGAAUGGCAUUAAUCUAGUUAGUGAGAAUAACAUACAACGGUGCUUCAAUGGAGAUUCUCCUGACAAAGCAAGAAAAGGAAAAGAAGAGCAGAGAGAAAUCAUCAUAGCUCACACUGAAGCUUUACAUCAAAUUACCAAAGAGAUUUCAAAGCUGAAAACUAACCUUCACCAAAAGUCAGAGCAUUUCCGAAAUCUAAGCACAGCAACUGAACAAAAGCUCUGGCAGGUUGGCCUUCAGAUUAACACCUCAGCCUUAGCAAUGCAAGUUUUUCGGAGGCUCAUAGAAGAUAUUCAGAUCUCGUUUAGGUUUCUGAAUUUGACAUUAGCUGAUGUUCAGUCUGCUGCAGAAGACAGGAACAAUAAAUACACAGGAGUGUUCCUUAAACAGCGAGAGGAUAUCACAAACCUGUGGGAUCAUUGGUACAACACAUCAGCAACCAUUGUUACCAUAAAACAACACCAAAGCAAUCUGGAGCAGGAAAUUAAAGGCGAAGUGAAACUUUUGAAUAAUGUCACAAAUGACCUCAGAUUAAAAGACUGGGAGCACUCAGUAGAAUUAAAAAAUAUUACAUUAGUGCAAGGUCCUCCUGGGCCCAAAGGAGAGAAAGGUGAUAAAAGUGUCAGAGGAGAUCAAGGUUUUCCUGGAGCCAAAGGGGAGAUUGGAUGACAAGGUCAGCCUGGAAAUCCUGGACAAAAAGGAUCAAAGGGAAUUCCAGGUAUAGUGACCAUAGCAAGCAAUUAA